UUUAUGCUCUUAUUGUAUGAUGGAGGAAAAAAAAGGGCCUUAGUGGUUAAGUGGCUUUUCAAUGCCACGUCAGACUUGUUCCAUAGCAGUUGAAUUAGGGGAAGGUGAAUAAGUUGGAAGUUGGUGACAAGGAGAGAAGUUGGAAACUAGAGAGGAGAGUCAGAACCAGAGGGAAAUGAGAGACUAAACAGGCGUCUCAGGGUUUUUGGAGUGAAUUUUCUCUGUUGCAGUCAGGGGAGGUUUGUCUGUUGGUUGCAGAAAGAAGUCAGAAUAGAGAUAUCGUGGGGGUAGGUUUGUUUGGAACAGAAAUCAAAGACCAUUUUUUCUGAGAGAAGGAAAUAACAUCUGCAAAUGACAUGCUGUUUUUGCUACUUCCAUUGCUAGCUGUUCUCCCAGGUGGUGGCAAUGCAGACGGGCUCAAGGAGCCUGUCUCCUUCCAUGUCAUCCGGAUCACAACCUUUUAUAACCAUUCCUGGAAACGAAAUCUGAUCUCAGGUUAUCUGGGUGAUUUGCAGACCCACACUUCGGACAGAAAUUGCAGCACCAUCAUUUUCCUGUGGCCCUGGUCCAGGGGAAACUUCAGCAACGAGGAGUGGAAGGAACUGGAAAUGUUAUUCCAUAUGCGCUGCGUUCGGAUCCUUGAGGGAAUGCAUAGAUACUCCCGUGAAUUGCAGUUUGAGUAUCCUUUUGAGAUACAGUGGACAGGAGGCUGUGAACUGCACUCUGGAAAGUUCUCAGGAAGCUUCCUUCGGUUAGCUUAUCAAGGAUCAGAUUUCGUGAGCUUCCAGAACAAUUCAUGGUUGCCAUCUCCAGUGGCUGGGAAUAUGGCCAAGCGUCUCUGCAAAAUGCUCAAUCAGAAUCAGCAUAAAAAUAACAUAACACACAGUCUCCUCAGUGACACCUGCCCACGUCUCAUCUUGGGUCUUCUUGAUGCAGGAAAGGCACAUCUCCAGCGGCAAGUGAAACCCGAGGCCUGGCUGUCCCAUGGCCUCAGUCCUGGCCCUGGCCGUCUGCAGCUUGUGUGCCAUGUCUCAGGAUUCUACCCAAAACCUGUGUGGGUGAUGUGGAUGCGGGGUGAGCAGGAGCAGCAGGGCACUCAGCGAGGGGACAUCCUGCCCAAUGCUGACGGGACAUGGUAUCUCCGAGCAACCCUGGAUGUGGCAGCUGGGGAGGCAGCUGGCCUGUCCUGUCGGGUGAAGCACAGCAGUCUAGAGGGCCAGGACAUCAUCCUCUACUGGGAACAUCACAGUUCCAUGGGCUUGAUCAUCUUGGCAGUGAUACUGCCUUUGCUUCUUCUGAUAGGUCUUGUGCUUUGGUUCAGGAAAUGCUGGUGAGUUCUUGGCAUGUGUCUUUCCUACUCUUAGUCCCUACCCCACUUGUCUUCCCAUGUUUUUUGUUUCUCUCUCCUCAGUUCUUCUCUCCCCAGUCCCCUUCCCUCUUACUCCUCAAUUCUUAGCUCCACCUUAUUCAGAGUGACUUCUAUCUCUGUUUUCAUCCAGUUUCCGUUAAGAUACACCAUGAUACUCCUUGUCACCCUUCUCCUUUUGGGGAGAGAGACCAGCAGUCCAACAGCUCAGGAUACACCUGAACACAUCAUGGUGAUGACGUCCUCUCAACUCUCCUUGUAAAACUUUUGUCAGUUUUGCUUGUUUCUGAUUAAUGAUCAUUUGUCAAUAUAAGCUCAAUUUAGUUUUGCAGGAUUUGUUGUUCUGACCUGGGUUCUGGGACUUUAAAAUUCAAAUUUUAUCUCCAAAUGGAAUGGGAUCCUAGCAAUCUUCACAUGUUCAACUAUUAAUGGAUCAUCAGGCUUGUUAUAGAUGUCCCUUAUUCCCGAGGGCCUUCCCUGACUCACAGGUGGGAAACGGACUCUUCCUGGUCUGAACUCCCACCACAUUUCAGCCGUACUUUGCUAACUGUACUCCUCACUUCCUCUCCUUCGUUGCAGCUAUUUAGGUCCCCCUUUUCCUUCUAAUUUUUCUUCUCCUUCAAUGCAAAGUAUGUGUGUUUUUAAUAUAUGCAUACCUGGUGAAGGAUCUUGCCUUCAUGAAACAUGUUCUCAAUAAAACUCUUUGUUGAAUUUAUGCCAAA